UGCGGCUGAAGGGCUGGUCUCGGGUGAGCUGCAGCCCUGCUCGCUGGCCGUGGGAGAGGCUUCAAACAAACGCAGGAAGCAACUCCCAGCCCCAUAAAGAUCUGUGACCGGCAGCCCCAGAACUGCCUGCCUUCCUGACUUCUGCUCCAGAGCAAAGGUCAUCCAUUCGCUUGAAUCAGCCUUUUUUCCCUCCCCUUCCCCAACUUUGUUAACCUGAUAAGGAAGGUCAGCACUCAAAGUCAAGAAGAGCCUCUUAUCUUCCCCUGCGCUCUACAAAUAGUUCCGUGAGAAAGAUGGCCGGGAACUCGAUCCUGCUGGCUGCUGUGUCUGUUCUUUCGGCCUGUCAGCAAAGUUAUUUUGCUUUGCAAGUUGGAAAGGCAAGAUUAAAAUACAAAGUUACGCCCCCAGCAGUCACUGGAUCACCAGAGUUUGAGAGAGUAUUUCGGGCACAACAAAACUGUGUGGAGUUUUAUCCUAUAUUCAUAAUUACAUUGUGGAUGGCUGGAUGGUAUUUCAACCAAGUUUUUGCUACUUGUCUGGGUCUGGGGUACAUAUAUAGCCGUCACUUAUACUUCUGGGGAUAUUCAGAAGCUGCUAAAAAAAGGAUCACUGGUUUCCGAUCGAGUUUGGGGAUUUUGGCCUUGUUGACCUUCCUAGGUGCCCUGGGAAUUGCAAACAGCUUUCUAGAUGAAUAUCUGGACCUCAAUAUUGCCAAGAAACUGAGGCGGCACUUCUAACUUUUUCUCUUCCCUUUAAUGCUUGCAGAAGCUGUUCCCACCCUGAAGGUGGCUAAGAGCAUGCUUCCCUGUUGCAACUAUGUGAAGAAUCAAAGUAUCCCUCCAUAACUACUAUUACCUAUCCCUUAAAGUAUAUUUCCUACCUAGUUAUUACACACCAAAGCUCUCUCAUAAUGCAAAGUAAUUUUUGAUACCCCAAAAACUCAGAACUUUCAGAUAACACAAUGCAAAACAAAACAGAGCCUUUGAUUUUGAGAGGGAUUUAUCUGCUUUUAAUUCCUGUGGUUUCAUGAGGAAAACAGAAGGUUGGUUUUGUUUUUUUUUUCCCCAAAAUGGGGUCUGUGGCGCCUUAUUUGUUUUUCCCAAGGAGUCCCAGUCUACCAGAAGUUAUCUUAGAGUCUCUCAUGUAUGCAUUAAGAGUGGCAAGAAAAAAAAAAAAAAAAAAAAAUUAAAAUGGAGAAAAAUAAUUCAGUUGACUGAGACGAAAAAACAUUUUU